AUGGGGGAUCGCAGGCGGCGCAUCACCUUGCCGCCACUGCCUGCCUCCCCUCCUCUGGCUCCUCACCCCCAUGACGAGCGCCGCCCGCUGCUGAGCCGCCCGCCGAGCCGUCAGGACGACCACGUCUACAGCUGCAUGACCAACCCUCACAGCCAUCUGCCCGUCUACACAAACAUCCACCGCAUCCGCCGCGACAUCAUCAGCGUCGUCGAGGACCACCUGAGCCUCGAGCAGCUGAGGGAUGUGCGCAUCAACGUCACCGUCGUGAGGCCCCUCGUCGACAAGUUCUACGAGCUCGGAGACAUAUCCAUCGUCUACUGCCUGCUGGUCAACCGCGCCCAGUUCCUCACCGAGGAGUCUCAGUCGAGCAAUCGCCAAAACGUCAACUGGUCGCGCGCCACCCUCUGCGAGCUCAUCGCCACCCGCAUCCUCCGCCGCUUCGGCGAGGACUACGACGGCUCCGACGGCCUCCUCCUGCUGGCCCACAUCCUCGUCGCCGGCUUCGAGCCCUUCCAAAACGCCCCGCCGCACAUCCGCGACGAGGCCAACGCAAAGACGUCGUGGACGCACUACCGCACCCUGCCCUCGCUCGAGGUGGCCAUCCUGACGGAAAGCAAGCAUUUCCUCAGCUCCUCCACCUGCCAGCGCGUCGUCGCCGCCAUCUACGAGGGUCGCAUCAUCUACACCCCGUCCACCUUUUGGGACAUCAUCCCCGACCACUACAAGCUCAAGCCCAUUUCCCUCUACGACCCGCGCGAGUCCCCCUUGCUCAACCAGUAUCGCCUCAUUGUGCCUCGCACCCGCAACAUGCUCGAGGCCUUUCAGUUCACCGUCCUCCUCGCUCUCUACAUUGGCGUCAUGCUCAUGCGGGAAAAGGACAAGGUUACCGUCCUCGAGGCCGUCUUUGCCGUCUACGCCUUUGGCUGGGGCCUGGACCAGUUUGCAACCAUCCUAGCUCACGGCUGGAGUGUCUAUACUCAGAACCUUUGGUCCUUUCUCGACGUCACCUUCACCUUCAUCUACCUCGUCUACCUAAUGCUGCGCCUGCAUGGACUGCGCCUGGGCGACGCCGGCCCCGCCGAACAGGCAUUCGACGUGCUGGCCCUCGCCGCCCCCGUCCUGGUGCCUCGCCUCGCCUUUGCCCUCCUGUCGGACAACUUGGUCUUUCUCUCCUUGCGCUCCAUGAUGGCUGACUUCUUCCUCCUGACUGCGCUGUCCGCCUGGUGCUUCUUUGGGUUCCUGCUUUCCUUGCUGUGGCUGGGAGAAGGCGCGCAUCCCCUCGUCACCAUCUCGAAAUGGAUGAUUUACAUCUGGUUUGGCCUGGAUGGCACAGGCAUUCAGCGCUCGGCGGAAUUCCACUGGUUGCUGGGGCCCUGCGUCAUGGUGGCAUUUGCCUUUCUCGGCAAUACCCUCUUCCUCACCAUCCUCGUCUCGAUGCUCUCCAACACCUUCAGCAACAUUUCCACCAACGCCACGGCCGAGAUCCAUUUCCGACGGGCCGUGCUGACUCUCGAGGGCGUCAAGGCCGACGCCGUCUUCGCCUACCAGCCGCCCUUCAACCUCCUGGCCGUCUUCAUGCUGCUGCCGCUCAAGUUUGUGGUGAGCCCGCGCUGGUUUCACAAGAUCCACGUGGCCACGGUGCGGCUGGUCAACCUCCCCCUGCUGCUGCUCAUCGCCGUCGCCGAGCGCCGCCUGCUGUGGCCGGCCGGCGCCGCCAACGCCUCGGUGGUCACCCCGCCGGCCAGGAGGUGGUUCUGGCGCAAGUGGCAGCUGUCGGCGCACAAGUACAUGCGCGCAGUGUUCGAGGUGCCGCCGCCCGACGACGUGCACGACGACAUUGCCGUCGACGACGACCUGACGCACCACCUGAUCCGGCGGCAGUUUACCAGGCAGACGUCGGCGGUGCAGGUGACGCCGCGGAAGCCGUCUCGGCGGGACUCGAUGUUCCCGGGCCUCGCGAGCAAGCUGCGCACCUCGUUCACCGAAAACGGCGGCGACCCCGAGGCCAUGGCGGCCAAGAUUGUGGCCAUGGAAAAGUCGAUGCAGCGCAUGGAGGCGAUGCUGGCGAGGCUGGUGCCGCGUGGCGAGGAAGACGACGAUGUUUUCGAUGGGCAUGGAGAGAGCAGCACACUCAAGGAGGGCGAUGGGUUUACGGCCGAGUCAUCCUACAAGGGCCAGGAGUGA